AUGGAUAAGUUAGUAUUCAUGGGCAUGCUACUUUCAGAAAAGGGCAUAGGUCCUACAGAGGAUAGAGUUAAAGCUGUAAUGAAUGCAAGAGAGCCAGAGAACAUUGCAGAACUACGUAGCUUUAUGGGAUUGGUCACGUAUAGUUCCCGUUUCAUACCACAGUUUGCAACACUAGGUGAGCCUUUAAGAAAACUUACCAGAAAAGACACACCAUUUAAAUUUGGUACUGAGCAGAAAUCUGCAUUUCGUGCUUUGAAAGAAAGUCUAGCCAGGGCAUGCACACUUGCUUAUUUUGCUAAGGAUGCACCAACAAAAGUGAUAGCGGAUGCUAGCCCAGUCAGGCUGGGAGCGGUACUGGUGCAAGAGCAAGCAGCACUGACCACACAAGAAGUGGAAGAGGCAUCCUCUACUGAUGACGAGCUGACAGAGCUGAGGGAGGCGAUUCAAACUGGGAGGUUUGUGAAAUGUAAACAAUUUGCACCGAUAGCAGGUGAACUGUGUAUAAUUGGAAAGCUUGUAUUCAGGGGCACUCGUAUUGUGAUGCCAAACACUUUAAGACCUCGAACAUUAGCUUUAGCCCAUGAAGGACAUCUGGGAGUUGUUGGAACAAAACAAAAUCUCAGAAGUAAAGUAUGGUGGCCUGCUAUGGACAAGGCAGCAGAGAAGUAUUGUAGGGCGUGUCAUGGUUGUCAAUUAGUAGCACGUCCAGAUCCGCCAGAACCACUGAGACCUACACAGCUCCCUAAUGGGCCAUGGCAGGAUAUUGCGAUUGACUCGCUUGGGCCAUUUCCAAGUGGACAUUCCAUAUUAGUCGUAGUAGACUACUACAGCCGCUAUUAUGAAUAUGAUAUUUUGACUUCGACUGUAACAGAGAAACUGAUUGACAGCCUGGAAGAGAUCUUCAGUCGACAUGGACUUCCCAGAACAAUCAAAUCAGACAAUGGUCCACAGUUUAGGUCCGAUGAAUUUCGAGAGUACUGUGAACACAAUGGAGUUGUGCAUCAAAAAGUAACUGCAAGAUGGGCCCAGGCAAAUGGAGAAGUUGAGCGCCAAAAUAAAUCACUGAUGAAGAGAAUCUGCAUUGCACAAGCAGAAGGGUUGAACUGGAGAAAAGAACUCCGGAGUAUGUAA